AUGGAUACAUCUAAGCCAAAAUCAAGAAAAAAAGCAAGAAAAAGUCGCAGACGCCUUGGUGCCCGGCAAUAUAAAAAUUAUUCAAAUGAAAUGCUUGAAAUAGCUGUAGAUCUUGUUAGAAAAAAACAGAUAUCAGCAAGAGAGGCGGCGCGACAAUUCGCAAUUCCUAAACAGACAAUAUUAAAUAAAGUAAACAAGUCUCAUACAAAGUCUGUCGGAUGUCCAACGCGAUUAUCUGAUGACGAAGAAGCCAAAUUUAUUAAAGUUUUAAUUGCUGCUGGGGAAUUCGGAUGCCCACUUAGUAAAUUGGAUCUUCGCCUCGUCGUGUUUGAAUACUUGAAAAAGAAUGGCCGCGAGGAUGUAUUUAACGGAGGACCUCCUGGAAAAGCAUGGCUUGAUAAUUUUUUGUCAAGACAUUCAUUAGAUUUGUCAGUUCGUAGCACGCAGAAUAUUAAAAAAAAUAGAGCUGAGAAAGGGGUUGAUGAGUUCAUGGAAUAUUUUAGAAAUUUAGAAGAGACUUUGAAAGAUGUUGCUCCAUCAAAUAUACUCAAUUUUGACGAAACAAAUUUAACAGAUGAUCCAGGAUCUUCAAAAUGUAUAUUUAGGCGAGGAGUAAAAUAUCCCGAGCGAGUGCUCAAUUCAACUAAAGGAGCCAUUUCGCUGAUGUUCUCAGUUACAGCGAACGGGAGCUUGCUACCUAUUUACGUUGUCUAUAAGGCAGAGAAUUUAUAUUCUGAAUGGAUACAGGGCGGACCGCGUGGUACUAGGUAUAACUGCACAAGAUCUGGGUGGUUUGAUUCUUUUGUUUUUGAAGAUUACUUUAACACAAUUAUUAUGGAUUGGGCAAAGUCUUUACCUAGUAAAAAAGUCGUUAUAUGCGAUAAUUUAUCAAGCCACUUAAAUGUGAGUGUUAUCGAAUUAUGUGAGUGUCACAAUAUUCAGUUUGUUUUCAUUCCAUCUAGCUCGACACACAUAACACAACCCCUUGACGUUGCUUUUUUUGCACCACUUAAAAAAGUGUGGCGAGCAAUAUUACUCAAGUACAAAAUGGAAAAUCCCAACCAAACUACUCUGAAUAAGAAUCAUUUCCCAAAACUUUUACAUUCUUUAGUUGAUCAAGUUGAAAUAUAUUCAUCUAAAAAUAUCAAAAGCGGAUUCAGAGCAACUGGGAUCUACCCAUUCAUCCCAAGAGAAGUACUGAAGCGUGUACCAGAGUAUCAAGAAGAUGUGGCAUCAUAUGGGAUUGACAAUGCAUUGCUAGACUACUUAAAGCAGAUCAGGCAGCCAAAUCCUAUGAUAACAAAAAGAAACAAGAAAGUUAUGACUGUACCUGGAAAAUCAGUAACAGUCGAUGAUUUACUGCUGACUUCCCAACUCUCAAAAUCGAAUGUACGAGGCAAAGUCAAGUCAUCCAAGAAUACUACGACACUCACGAAGGUAGAUACUGCUGCCUCACUCGAGAAUUUUAAUAAAAAUUACAAUUAUGACAUUAGUUAUAUUUUAAACGAAAAAAAGGGUCUCAUGGAAGCCACAAAAAACACUGAUUUAGUAUUUGAAACUGAUUUACCCGUGAUUUCGAUAAAAGACCAAGACAAGCCCAAAAAGAUAAAUAUUCUAUCCGACAUCAUUUUACCAAAAUAUAAGACUAAGCAUAUUGCAAAAACUAAAACUAAAUACUUUAAAGAAAUUGAUACAAGCUUCAACAUUUUAUCACAAACUUUUCCUUCAGAACGCAAUAUUAUCAUAGAAAAACCACAUAGUGAAAAUUCGGGUGGUAAGGUAAGAAAAAUAGAUAAUAUUGCUUUUAAUAUUAACGUUCAUGGUGUUUUAAGUAGUGACGAUAAUGAGGAUAUUAGGGAUAUUGUGAGUUGUUCUGCAAAUAGCAGAGAGAAAACUAACAGUAAAAAAAGGAAGAAAAAACGUCGUUUGAGAAAAACCGUCAAAAAGGAAAACGUAAAACCAGUUAAGAGACCAAGAAAAUCUCUAGAUAGUUCUACAACUACUGAGGAAGAUUGCAUUAGCACCCAUAGUGAUUCUGAUGUUUCAAAUUUUGAAAUAAGUAUGGAAGAGUCUACAAAUAUUGAUGAAUCUAUAAAUAUGGAUAAACAAAUAAUAAAAGAAGAUAUACAUCAAAUUGACAAGAAUUCAAAGAAAAAAGAGUAUUAUGAAUUAGGAGAAAAAGUGUUGGUAAGAUACCAUCAGUCAAAUAACUGGAAGUACUAUGUAGGAUUAAUUGAAAGUGUUAAUGACAAUUCCAAAACUUUUAAUAUAUCUUAUUACAAAUGCAUAAAAACAAAGGAUUCAGAUGAUAUUAAAUUUAUUAAACCUAAGCUCUUGGAUCGAGAUAUAGCCGUACCAGAAAGUAACAUUGUUAAAAUUAUAGAACUUUUACAAUUCAAUGAAAGUCCUGAAGAAUAUGCAUUAAUGUGUGAUAAGGAUUCUGUGUACUUUUAA